AUGUCUUCGUUUGAUAAAUUGAAACUUUUAAUUUGGAAAAAUUUUCUUCUACAAAGAAGACAUAAAUGGCAAACAUUAUUUGAAAUAGCAUCUCCUGUGAUAUUUUCGUUAUUUUUAAUAUUAAUAAGAUGUCUUGUCGAUCCACAAUCAAAGCCCGAUGUUUCAUAUUCACCUUUUCUCCCAACAUAUUUCAAUAUCAGUGGGAAGCAGUUAGGGAAUCUCACAUCGGCAAAAAGAGAAGGAACUUUAGCAUUUUCUCCAGAAAAUCCGUUAACAAGAAAGGUAACGGAAGAUGCAAUGGCAAUGGUUGCUUUAGAUAAUCUAAAUGGAUUUGUAGCUCUCUUCUUUGACACAAAAAUGCUCCCAACACCUAAAGGAUAUAAUAAUUCAGAAGAACUGGAGGCUGCCCUGUCACAACCAAAUGUAAUGAAUCACAUCCUUGUUGGUAUUCAGUUUGAUGAUCACAUGGCCAAUGCAACAGAAUGGCCAGAUGAUAUAAAAGUAACAUUGAGAUUCCCGGCAGUGAUGAGAACUCCGAUGUUAGAACAUCCCUUGAGAAUAAGUUGGAGAACAAAUCUCUUAUUCCCCCUCUUUCCUCUGCCAGGCCCUAGAGAACCUAACGACAUGUAUGGAGGGAAAAUGCCAGGGUAUUCCCCGGAAAUGUUCCUAGCCGUACAACACGCUGUUUCCCAGGAAAUUAUAAAACAAAAAAGUGGAAAGUCAAUAAACACUAAAGUAUACCUCCAACGUCUACCUCAGCACUCGUAUAGACAGGACGAUUUACUUGUUGCUAUGGAAAGAUUCAUAUCUAUGAUAAUAAUGAUGUGCUUCGCCUACACUUUCGUAAAUACUGUCCGAGUGGUUACGGCUGAAAAGGAAAUGCAGCUAAAGGAAACCAUGACAAUAAUGGGACUGCCAUCUUGGCUACAUUGGCUAGCCUGGUUCAUCAAACAAUUCUCAUUUUUAUUGAUAUCUAUUACACUUAUGGUCAUAUUAUUUAAGAUACCCUUUAACUCAACGAAAGACGGUGAGGGCUAUGCAGUUUUGACGUUUACACCGUGGUCCGUUUUAUUUUUCUUUUUAACGCUUUUCAUCAUAGCGUCGCUGUCGUUCAGCUUCAUGGUCAGCGUAUUUUUUACUAGAGCCAAUACUGCGGCGUCGUUCAUGGGUCUGAUGUGGUUCUCGACGUACGCCGCGUACAUGCUCACGCAGAUGCUGUACGAGGACAUCAGCUUGACCACUAAGUUGUCGCUUAGUUUAAUAUCGAACGCCGCCGUGGGAUAUGCUCUGCAGAUGCUUAUUAUUUGCGAAGGCACGUCUAGAGGCUUACAAUGGGACGAGUUUUUCACACCAAUAUCCUACCACGAUCAGUUCCAGCCUGGUCAUGUGGCUUUAAUGUUAAUAUUAGACUCUAUAUUGUACAUGUUAGUUGCUAUGUAUGUGGAGAAAAUACGUCCAGGAUUGUAUGGAGUACCACUGCCUUGGUACUUUCCUUUUACGAAAAGUUUUUGGUGUCCAAAUAAAACUAAGGUAGCAGCUUUAACUAAUAAACACGCCGUCGAUCAAGAAUACAAAAAUGCUCUUUUGAAAGUGGUUCAUGACGAAGAGCCGAAAGGAGUGCCCAUGGGGAUUAAUAUAGAGAAUCUCACAAAAGUAUACAAAGGACGCAAGAAAGCUGUAGAUAAUUUAAACCUUAGAAUGUAUGAAAAUGAAAUAACAGUAUUGCUAGGUCAUAACGGUGCUGGUAAAACUACUACUAUAUCGAUGUUAACAGGUAUGGUGCCACCGACGUCUGGUUCGGCGACGAUAAACGGGUACGAUAUUGUAACUGAAACGAAACAAGCUCGUAAAUCUAUUGGAAUAUGUCCGCAACACAAUGUCUUGUUCCCUGACCUCACUGUGGCCGAACAUAUUAUAUUCUAUUCAAGAUUAAAAGGAGUGGAUAAAUCAAAAAUAUCCGAAGAGGUCGACCACUUUGUCAAGUUGUUGGAACUACAGGAAAAGAAGGAUGUUAUAUCGAAACACCUGUCGGGUGGUCAGAAGCGGCGGCUGUCGGUGGGGGCGGCUAUGUGCGGCUCCUCUAACGUAGUACUAUUGGAUGAGCCUACUUCAGGACUAGAUCCCGCCGCCCGUAGAUCCUUAUGGGAUUUAUUGCAAAGGGAGAAAAAAGGUCGAACUAUGAUUCUAACAACCCACUUUAUGGAUGAAGCGGACGUACUGGGCGAUCGAAUAGCAAUAAUGUCUGGAGGUCGACUGCAGUGCGUUGGAACCCCAUACUUUUUAAAGAAGCACUAUGGAAUCGGUUACAAACUGACCAUCGUUAAAUGUGAAAAUUGCAAUGUGGAAGAAGUCACCAGAUUCUUUAGAGGUUACAUGCCAGAUGUUAAAGAGAACACUAAUAUUGGAUCGGAGUUGUCAUAUAUCUUGCCAAAUGAACAUGUCAGUAAAUUCCCAGAAAUGCUCAAGAUAUUCGAGGAACAAAAGGAUAAUUUAAAGGUUUCAAGUUACGGUUUAUCUGUGACGAGUCUAGAGGAGGUUUUCAUGAAGGCAGGCGCAGAGGACAAUGGAGUGACGUCGUCUAUGAAAAAUAACUACACUAAUACGUACAAUGACGCUACCAUACUUCCCAUAGAUCGACACGAUAAUGACAUAUUGGACAAUGAGCCAAUACAGAAAGUACGAGGUUUCAAAUUACUCAGAAACCACAUAAAAGCCAUGUUUUUAAAACUUGCAUACAAUACCAUGAGAAACAAAUUAGCAGCCUUAAUACAAAUAAUAACUCCAAUCAUAAACAUAACUAUAUCAGUGUGUAUAGCUCGCUCUUGGAAGUUUAUGUCGCAGCUGCCAGCAUUAGAACUCAGUCUGGAAAGCGGUUUUAAAAAAACUGAGACUCUUCUAUCGCAAGGAAACUUAACUGAAAAUAGCCUGGAAAGAAAAGCCAUGAUGGUGUAUAAAGACUAUUUUAAAAGAUCUACCGAUCCCAACAUGUUGCUCACCGAUAUCGGGAGAUUAGAUUUAGCCAAGUUUUACUUGAAAUUGAGCGAAGCGGAUCUACCACGAGUUCAGUACGAGAAUCUAGUAGGAGCGACGUUCGCGCCGCAGCGCGUCACGGCGUGGUUCAGCAACUACGGCUACCACGACUCGGCCAUGUCGCUGGCGCUCGCCAACAACGCCGUACUGGGCGCGCUCUCGCCGGGCGCCACGUUGCGGAUCGUCAACCAUCCACUGCCGUAUUCUAUAGAAAACUUGGUAAAAGUUAUGGCUAGCGGUAGCAGUAUGGGAUUUCAGUUCGCAUUCAACAUUGGUUUUUGUAUGGCGUUUGUGACAUCAUUCCUAGUACUAUUUGUUAUCAAGGAGCGCACAAGCGGCGCGAAGCUGCUGCAGCGGGUGUCGGGCGUCCGCCCCGCCGUGCUGUGGACCACUGCACUCGUAUGGGACUGGCUUUGGCUGCUAAUGGUGUUUUUCGCAAUUAUCGCUACACUUGCAUUCUUCCAAGAGAGUACAUUGGCGACGCCUGAGGAAUUAGGCAGAGUGCUUCUGGUGCUAGUGAUAUUCGCCUUUGCGAUGAUUCCGCUUCACUAUUUAGCUUCGUUUUAUUUCGAAGCCGCAGCAACGGGAUUUUCGAAAAUGUGUUUUAUAAAUAUAUUUUCAGGUUGCAUGCCGUUUUUAAUAACAGAAGUUCUGCGAUUACCAGAAGUCGGGAAUCCAUACUACGCGCAUAUCUUUGAUUGGGUUUUUUCUCCCUUGCCAAUAUACUGUAUAAGCCGGAGUUUCAGGGACAUGAGCGUGUCCUCGUUCCGGAUGCUCGCGUGCUCGGCGCUGUGCGCGCAGUUCGAGGCCGCGGACAACUGCACGCGCCACACAGUCUGCAGCAAGCUCAACGUCACUGUUUGCUGUCUGGACGACAGCCCCUAUCUAAAAUGGAGUGAACCCGGUAUCGGCAGAUACUUAUUUAUGAUGAGCCUCGUUGGAAUUAUUGGAUUUACAGUAUUGCUUCUGAAGGAGUAUGAAGUUUUAAACAAGGUGUUCUACCCGGACGGCGCGCGGCCGGCGGCGCGCGCGGGCGAGGGGGAGGUGGAGGACGCGGACGUGCGCGGCGAGCGCGCCGCCGUGCGGGCGCUGCCGCGCGCCGCGCUCGCCGCCUACAGCCUCGUGUGCCGCGACCUCUGCAAGUACUACAAGGACUUCUGCGCCGUCGACGGCCUGAACUUGAUGAUCCGCAAAGGCGAGUGCUUCGGGCUACUCGGCAUCAACGGCGCGGGCAAGACCAGCACGUUCCGCAUGCUGACGGGCGACGCGCGCAUCAGCGCCGGCGACGCCUUCGUGCACGGACACUCCAUCAAGACGCACGUGCGCGACGUGCACCGCCUCAUAGGAUAUUGUCCACAAUUUGACGCAUUGUUAGAAAAUUUAACUGCCAGAGAAACACUAAAAAUAUUUUGUCUCCUGCGAGGAAUACCGGUAAAAGUAGGAUUAGCGAGAGCGAUACAGCUCGCUAACAGUUUGGGUUUCAUGAGGCAUUUUGAUAAAAAGAUACAUGAAUGCAGUGGCGGUACUAAACGAAAAAUCAGUACAGCUGUAGCACUUCUCGGCGAUUCUCCUUUAAUAUUUCUCGAUGAACCAACUACAGGCAUGGACCCGGCGUCGAAGCGGCGCGUGUGGGCGUGCGUGGCGGCGGCGGCGCGCGGCGGGCGCGGCGCCGUGCUGUCGUCGCACAGCAUGGAGGAGUGCGAGGCGCUGUGCGCGCGCCUCACCGUCAUGGUCAACGGCCGCCUCUGCUGCCUGGGCCCGCCGCAGCACUUGAAGAACAACUUCUCGCAAGGAUACACGUUAAUAGUUAAAUGUAAGGCGGGACCAGACAGAGACUCGACCGUAGAAAAAAUAAACCAAUAUGUCCUUGAAAAGUUUAGAGACACUAAGCUUAUAGAAACCUACUUGGGCAUAAGCACUUACUACUUAGCCGACCAGACCUUGCCGUGGUCGGCCGUGUUCCAUCUAAUGGAGGAAGCGCGCAAGCUCUACGCCAUAGAGGACUACUCGGUGUCGCAGACUACGUUAGAACAAGUGUUCCUACGCUUCACGAGAAUUCAAGGCCAGUCUGAU